UGUAAGUGUCUGACCUUAAUGUACGAGUCUGACCACAAACAACAACAACAAACAAACAAAAUGUGUGACGAUUUUGAGGAUGAUGAUGCAGAGAAAUAUAUUUUAGAAAAGAACUGGAAGAAAACUGUCGAUGGGAUCAAUAAGGAUGGAUAUAGAGCUGGUAUCGAUGUUGGUCAGGAAGAAAGUUUGCAGGAAGGAUUUAACACAACAUUUAAGGUGUCCUCACAACUACUCUUUUCAGUUGCAGAAAUUAGAGGACUUGUGAGUGGUAAACUGUCAUACAAUUUAUUGAGACAAGGAACUCUGUCAUCAGAUCAGGAACAACUUCUACAAGCAUUACUUGGUGAUAUUGUCGAGUAUGAAACUGAAUUAUUGACAUUUUCUCGCCAACUCUACAGUCAAUUACUUCAGGAGGAACGUUCUUGUACAAAUGAUUCUGAAAAUGUUCAGCAUGUGGAUGAUAAUUGUAGUGCUGAGAAGGAAAAUAAUUGUAGAUUAACCGAUACUUCAUCAGCAGUUGAUGAUGAGCCGGAAAACACUACAGAUGACAAUAUGUUGAAAGAAAAGGUUACUAAAGAAUUGAAUGAGAAACUUGAAAUUUCAGACGAUAUAAACAAGGCUAAUGAAUUGCCAGAGGUGAAAAUCAGUCAGUUUAAAAAGAGGUUAAAAUUGAUUUUAAUGACUGGAAGUUAAAUUUAUUAUACUGAUAUAUUAAGGAAUUUUAACAGACAGUGUUCAUUAUCAAUGUGGUUAUAUAAAUCAAUUGUGUUGAACAGAAUUAUCCCCAUGUUAGAUCUGUAGACAUCAAGAAAAGUUCAAACUAUAUUAUAUUUUUACAGAUGACAAAAGCAGUGUACUCUUAGUUGAUUCAAACUGUGCAGUAGAAUUAUUUGUGGAUCCUAAUCAAUACAAUGUUAUGGGUUUAUCCUUCAUAAUUCAGUUGUAUGUAACUAUAUGUAUAACUUUUGUUUUGUUAUAAUAAAAUUCUAUAAACCUACAA